GCGACAACUACAAACCAAACAGACAUCUCCGUCGCGACAACUGGACUUGUUUAUAACCUGGAUAUGGUUGCAGUGGAAAAAGUAUGAACUCGUCUGUAAACUGUCCGACAGGAAAUACGGAGGAGCAGGAGCUGAGGCAGAGCGAGCUCCCGUUCAGCUUCACCCCGCAGCUCGUUCACCUGCACAAGGACCACGAGCUGUUCGAGGAUGGAGACAUUCACAGACACUUGUAUCUGCAAGACCUCUACACCUCCGAGGCAGACGAUAAGCCAGCACCCAGUGUGUCAGAGUUUGCCUGUCACAUCUCUGGCUGCAGUGCGGUCUUCAGUGUGCUGGAGGAGUAUGAACACCACUACAACUCCCUGCACAGACAUGUUUGCUGCUCUUGCCGUCGCUCCCUGCCAAGUGCCCGGCUCCUGGACAUUCACAUUCAGGAGUGGCACGACUCUCUCUUCACUAUCCUUGCCCAGAGGCAAGACAUGUACCAGUGUUUGGUGGAGGGCUGUGGACAGAAGUUCAGGACUAAUAAACACAGAAAGGACCAUCUAAUAAGAAUUCACAAGUAUCCUCCAGACUUCAGAUUUGACAAAACCAAGAAGGACAGAGGAGCCCGGGAGACAAAGAGACCACAGCAGAAAGACACAGCCAUGGAGGUAGUAGACGAUGUGUGUGAGUCCGAGGGUGUGUGUGAGGUUAUGUGUGAUGUGUUGUGUGGCCAGCUGGAACAAGGGGAAUCCAUGGAGACACAUGUGUCCGAGGAAGAAGCUGCUCACAUGUCAGAGACUGCCGAUAACGGGGAGCACGCAAAUCUUUCUGCUGCAGUCCACGGCAACGGGUGUACAAGCACUGAGACACUAAAACCACGAUACUCCUACAGAGUCCCUACAACCGUGUGCUUCGGACACGGCUCCAUCCGCGGCUUCAGAGGACGGCGGGGAAGGAGGAAAUGAAACUUCGGAAUCGCACCUUCUGUCUGAUGUCCUUUUUUUUUUUUUUUUUUUAAAGAUGUAUGAUUCAAUA